AGCGGCCACUCCCUAUCCUGGGGGCCCGACUGUAGCCCGGUCAUGGAGAAGGGUUUGGCCGCUCAACAAACGUGUUUGAACGGGUGAUCGAUGUGACCAUGUGCUUCCCAUGAAUCGUUGCAUCGAUCUUAUCUUAUCUUAUCGAUCUUAUCGUCCCAGCAUGACGUGCAGCAGGUGGGGGCAACGGAAGGAGGGGUUCUUCUGUGGUGUGAAAAUUGGAAACUCGAAUUUUCUGUAGAGAAAGGCACAAUCAACCUAAUUGGCCAACGCACCAAACCCAACCGACGCUACCCCCACCCACCUACCUCUCUUUCCACGAUGGCGCCAAUCCCGAUCACGAUAGUCACGGGGUUCCUAGGGUCGGGCAAGACGACGCUGAUCCUCGGGCUAAUCCCGCAGCUGCGGGCGGCGGACCCGUCGUACCGGCUCGCGCUGCUCAAGAACGAGUUCGGUGACCUGGCGGUGGACUCGCAGCUGGCGGGCUCGGAGGCCAUCUCGGGGGUGCAGGAGAUGCUCGGCGGGUGCAUCUGCUGCAACCUGGUCGGGCAGCUGGGCGAGGCGCUGGCCGAGCUGGCGACCACGGUCCGGCCCGACCGCAUCGUCGUCGAGACCUCGGGGUCCGCCUUCCCGGCCACGCUGGCCCUCGAGGUCAACAGGCUGGCCCGCGAGACUCCCGGGAGGUACGUCCUCGACGGCGUCGUCCACGUCAUAGACGUUGAGAACUGGAAGGGCUACGAGGACACGAGCUAUACGGCCCGCAUGCAGGCCCGGUACACAGACCUGAUUGUGCUUAACAAGUGGGAGGCCUGCGACGAGCGCAGGCUCGACGAGUGCCUGGACCGCGUCGGUGACCUGGAGCUCGAGACGCCGUGCGUGCAGAGCGACAAGGGCCGGUUGCCGGUGGAGCUCGUGUUCGGCGUUGGUGGGGAGCUGACGCGGGCUUUCGGGGACGACAGCCAUGCAGGCACAGAAGGCCAUGGCCACGACCACAGCCACGACCACCAGUCUGAGGUUGAGGUUCUUUCGAUGGUGCUCCAGGGCCCCGAAGGUGCGGCUGUCAAUGCCGACAAGCUUCAGGCGUUCCUCAGGAGCGCACCCAAAGACGAGGUCUACCGGAUCAAGGCGGUGCUGACAGCCUCCUACACCCUACGGAGCUCGGAAGAGGACGAGUCAUACCCCACGCCCCCCCAUCCGCACGGCAGGUACAUCCUCAAUUGGGCAUUCGGGCGGUGGACCUCCACCCCCGUGUCGGGUGGCCUGGAAGAGCACGAUUCGAGCCGCGAAUCGACGCUCAGGAUGACCAUGAUACUUGCUCGCUACGAGAGCACAAAGUGGAAGAAGAAGUUAGAAAACGGCGGCCUAUUAGAACUAGACGGCGAUGACAAGGGGUCCCUCGUUGUCACUAGAAUUUCAUAGAGCCUACUUACACAACAUGUAUAGACGGCGCAUGGGUGUUUGAUGCAGAAACGCAUUUUGUUUAUAACCAGCCUGUUGAUUCAUCAUGGGCCUAUAUAUCUACACCAUCACAUCAUUCAUGCGGGUCUAACUAAGACCCCCACCCCGAUACCGUGACCCCCCAGAAUAAGAGCCACAGCCCGGGCUCUAAAUCCACCUCUCAUAGGGUUGCGAAGGAGAAUCCGCCUCAUACAGCGACACAAUGUCGAGUUCCCACUCCCCGCUGCCCCGCGGCCCUUCCCCGGAAUCCCCCGGCUUUCGGGACGGCAUCC